AUGGAUACAAGUUGGAAGAGUACGGUCGUUACGGCCGCUGUGAGUGAUGCUAAAAUGGGCAGUAUCGAUUUCAAGAAGAUUUGUCGUAUCUGUGGCAAAUCCGAAGAAACCCUCACGUCGGUGCACUCGCGGUAUCAGAACGACCUGCGGGGCAAGAUAGCAAAGUAUCUGAAUAUAGAUAUUGCGGAAAACGACACCCUUCCGACGAAGAUAUGCUUCUGCUGCAAGGAUAUCAUCACCAAGUGGCACGAUCUGUUCGAAAAGUGUCGUAUAAUGGAAGAGCGAUUUGUCUCCAUCCUCAAACCAAGCAAAGAGGAUACUGUCCCGAUGGAUACCGCACAACAAGAUUCAGUGGUGCUGAGUGAUAGGCCUGCGAAGGAAUCUGCUGUACACGAAAAUAACGCCAAUGUCACUGCGAAGGAUACGCCAAUUGUUCCUCUACGCAAACAAGAUACUAAAGAUAGCCUAAAAGUCCCAACAAGCGCCACUGGGACAGUUGCCUGCACGUUUUGCAAAUCAAAACCUACCGGGAGUUGCGUUCGGUUCGAGACUCAAACGGCGCUAGUGGAUCAUAUGAAAGAUGAACAUUGGGAUCAGAUCUUUCAUUGUGAGCAGUGCGACAACUAUCUAGAUCGAGCUAUUCUCAUUGAACAUAUGACAAUGCACGCGCUGAGUUUGAUUCAGCCGGCCCCUGGGGCCGGUGAAGGUGAACAGGAACCAGAUAGCAUAGGCUCUGCCGGAUCCGGGCUGGGUGACGAUGAACCGGAGGGUGAAUUAGAGGAGGCCGAUGGUAGUCAGCAGACAACGGAACCGAAAUCAGGUGAGGGAAGCACGAACAAGGAAAACGAUGACAAGGAUCCGACGGUACCGGACAUGGUGAAACCGGUAGAGACACGAAAGCUGUACUGUUACAUCUGUGAAAAAACUCUCGCCAACCGGAGCGCGUACUCGUACCAUGUUAAUCAGGUGCAUUUGAAUAUCAAAAAUGUGGAAUGUAGCUUUUGCGAGAAAAAGUUUGGCAAUCGCCGAUUGCUGAACAAUCACAUCGCUAACGUGCAUUCGCGGGAACGCAACUUUGGCUGCACCGUGUGUGAUAAGCGCUUCAAAACGAACGUCGCGCUGUACAAUCACAUGAGGGUGCAUGACGAUAAGUUGCAGUUCAGCUGCCGAUUUUGUGACAAAAAGUUCCGUUUCCGGAAUCACCUCGUAAGCCACGAGCUUGUGCAUCUGGAUGAGCGGAAUUUUUCGUGCAACCAGUGCGAGAAAAAGUUCAACACGAACGAAUGUCUUCAGAAGCACAAGCUGACGCACGUCACGACGGAGCCGUACCAGUGUCCGUUGUGCGGGUUUAGUACGAAGCAGAAACGCUAUCUGGUCAUGCACGCAAAGCGCAUUCACAUGGUGCGAUAG